UUUAUGUUUGGUAAAAUGCUAAACGAAAAUUACAAGUCACUAAGUCAAGUAAUCGUUUAUGGGCCCCCUGUGGUUAAAGUCUGCAGACAUUUGAGCUUCGUGCACAGUGGACACAUUGUGCUGGAGAGUUGUUCAGUGUUCAAAAUCUUUGUUUUUUAAUUCAAAAUUACUUAAUAAAGAUGGCGUCUGGAAAAGCACAAACCGUCCUUGGUUUGAUUGAUCCUCAAAAGCUGGGACGGACGCUCACCCAUGAGCACAUAACGAUGGACUACAAAAACUGUUUUUUCCAGCCAGUCCGAGAAUCAGACAUGGACACUGUAAACUGUAAUGAAAUCACUUUUAGAAACCUAAAUUGGGUACGCCAGAAUCCAUACAGCCACAAGUUCAAUCUUGCUCUUGGGGAUGAAGAGAUAGAGGAAAUGAUACUGGAAGUAUCAGAAUUCAAGAAGGAAGGGGGAUCCACCAUGGUCGAUAACACAACCCAAGGAAUCCAACCAAAUGUAGAAAUCUUAAAGAAGAUCUCCAUGGCUACAGGAGUGAAUAUUAUCUCUGGCACUGGUUACUAUCUAGAUCACACUCAGUCUGCUGCUGUGAAAUCUGCAACUGUUGAGGAACUCUCUGGGACAAUGGUUAAAGAGCUGACAGUUGGAGUUGGCAACACAGGAAUCAAGUGUGGUGUCAUCGGUGAAGUUGGUUGUUCUUGGCCCCUGACACCUUUUGAAAAGAAAUCCUUACAAGCCUCUGCCACAGCCCAAACUGACACUGGGGCACCAGUGAUAAUCCAUCCUGGUCGUAAUGAUGAAGCACCUAUUGAAAUAGUUCGCAUAUUUCAAGAAGCUGGUGGAGAUGUCAGUAAAUUGGUCAUGUCCCACCUGGAUCGUACAGUAUUUGAUCGCAAAAUCCUUUUGGAGCUUGCCGCAACAGGCUGCUACCUUGAGUAUGACCUCUUUGGUGUUGAGAUGAUUAACUACCAGGCAAACCCAGCUGUUGACAUGCCUAGUGACUCCCAAAGAAUCAUGGAAAUCAAGUUUCUAAUAUCUGAAGGUUAUGAAGACAAAAUAACAAUGGCUCAUGACAUCCACACUCGUCAUCGCCUACUCAAAUAUGGAGGCCAUGGCUAUGCUCACAUUCAAGUCAAUAUUAUCCCCAAGAUGUUGAAGAGAGGAAUAUCACAAGAGGUUAUUGACAAGAUACAAAUAGAAAACCCCAAAACAUGGCUGACUUUUAAUUAAUAACCCUGUGAAAUUUUUCUUUGCAGUCUUUUAACUCUUAAAUGAUCGGUGCUAGUUUUGUGUAACAAAGGACAUAAUACUAAAGAAAAUUAGCAAUCAAAUAAUGAUAGCAAUAGAAAAAUAUCCUGUUUUUAUAUCUAACUUAUAUAUCCAAAAAACUGGAGAGGGGGGAGAUGCAUUGGUGUGGGGAGAUAGCUAGGGGGCUUAACAAUUUUUCUAAUUCAAUUUUUACAGGUUUUUUACUAGUGGCAUCAUCUGAGGGUUGUAAAAUAUCAAUAAAUUUAGUAAGUAAUGGUAUUUGUUUAUAAAGGUUUCAUAAUUAAAACUAUUAUUUUUGAA